AUGGAGUCUAUGACAUUGCAUGCCAAUCUCAUCGCAGGCUAUGGCACCGGGCACGCCGACCUUGGCGCCAUCUACACCCUGGUCACCGAGAACCACGCCUUUGACGCCGAAUGGUUCGGCAAGUACGUCGACGAGGGCGGGAACUCGCUGACCACCACAAACAACGUUCUCCUGAGCAAUGGGAACUGGCACGCCCCGAAUCAGCGACAGUCCCUGACCAUGGACAGCAACGACAACCUGCUCGACAAUUUCGGAAAGGUACGCGACGACCGGCUGCAUCGCCCUAACGGGACAGUGUCUAUGGAGGGCCUCCGCGUUGCUUAUAGGGCUGGCAUCUCACCAGGCCGUAGGAGUGAUCGACCCGUCUCCAACCCAGAUCGGGACGACGGGCACGUUGCUCUUGGAUUUUCCAGCGAACUCGACGGUGCCGUUUUUGCCAACCUGACCAAUUUCGACGAUGAGGAUUUUGCCAAUGCUUUAUUCUCCGUCGUGGCGUCUGAGGGAUACCGAGUGUCAGUCGAGCAAGAGCCGCCGUCCUCCGUCCCCUGUGAUAGUCAAGCGCAAGUUCUCUACAGUCUUUCCGGCGCCGGGGACCUUCCGCCCACGAUCAUGGCGACAGUUACAUACAACAAUUCUCGUAUCGGCACUGAAUCUACACGCAGUGUCUCGAGCACGCAGCCUGGUUCCCUGCCGCAUGAUGGCAAUCUUCAGACGUCUUCCUCGUGGCACCCUGCUUCCAUGUUUGGCAGCAGUGGUGACAUCCUGGGCAUACGCACGGGCGGACGUGGCCUAUUUCGUCCCUACCAUGACUGGGCGGCCUUCUAUGCCAGCCCAAUAGGUGGGCGAGUCCUCGCAACACGGCAUCGCUCGAUCAUCGAGGGGCACAGCGGGAUGUCGCAUAUCGUUCCCGAAUCGGUCAAGCAGGCAGUCAUGGGCGGCCACGGAGGAUCCCAGGCCAAGGCCACGCAGCUUGCUGCCAACACGGUUGAGCCAACCAAAGAUACCAGAAUCACCUCGGACUGGGGCACCAAGCAGAACAGCACCGACGACUGGCUCAAGGUCACCACCGAGGACCACACCGGGCCUAUGCUGUUGGAGGAUGGCUUUGCCAGGGAGAAGAUUCACCGCUUUGAUCACGAGCGCAUCCCCGAGCGUGUCGUGCACGCCCGUGGCGCUGGCGCCUUUGGCACCUUCAGACUGCACGAGUCGAUUCCGGAGCUCUCGAGCGCCGGUGUCUUGAAUGACACGUCCCGCGAGACCCCCGUCUUCCUACGUUUCUCGACUGUUCUUGGUAGCCGCGGGUCUGCUGACACCGUUCGCGAUGUUCGUGGCUUUGCGCUCAAGAUGUACACAGACGAGGGUAACUGGGACAUUGUGGGCAACAACAUUCCCGUUUUCUUCAUCCAAGAUGCCAUGAAGUUCCCCGACGUCAUCCACGCCGGCAAGCCUGAGCCUCACAAUGAGGUGCCUCAAGCUCAGUCAGCACACAACAACUUCUGGGACUUUAUGUACAUGCACUCCGAGGCCACACACAUGUACAUGUGGGCCAUGUCGGAUCGUACCAUCCCUCGGUCGUACCGCAUGAUGCAGGGCUUUGGUGUCAAUACUUACACGCUCACCAACGACAAGGGCGAGCGUCACUUUGUCAAGUUCCACUUCACCCCCGAGCUUGGUGUUCACUCUCUCGUCUGGGAUGAGGCCCUGAAGUUGGCUGGUCAGGACCCUGACUUCCACAGAAAGGAUCUCUAUGAGGCUAUCGAGAGCGGCUGCUUCCCCAAGUGGAAGUUUGGUGUCCAGGUGCUGCCCGAGUCGCGCGAGCAUGAGUUCGACUUUGACAUCCUGGACGCUACCAAGGUGUGGCCUGAGGACUUGGUUCCUGUCCGCUACAUCGGUGAACUCGAGCUCAACCGCAACGUCGAUGAGUACUUUACACAGACUGAGCAAGUUGCCUUCUGCACGGGCCACGUGGUUCCCGGCAUUGGGUUCUCUGAUGACCCUCUCCUGCAAGGCCGCAACUUUUCCUACUUUGACACCCAGCUCAGCCGCCUGGGAAUCAACUGGCAGGAGCUGCCUAUCAACAAGCCUGUCUGCCCUGUAAUGAACUUCAAUCGUGACGGAGCUAUGCGCCACACCAUCUCCCAGGGCAAGGUCAACUACUGGCCCAACCGCUUCGAGGCUCAACCUCCAGCGUCCGCCGCCGAGGGUGCUUACAUCGACUAUCCUGCCAAGGUCGAGGGCUUGAAGCAGCGCACUCGCUCUGCCAAGUUCCAGGAACACAUUUCUCAGGCUCAGCUCUUCUACAACUCUCUGUCUGAGAUUGAAAAGUCCCACGUCCUGGCCGCUUUCGGAUUCGAGCUGGACCACUGCGACGAGGCGGUCGUCUACGAGCGCCUGAGUGGCCGUCUCGCCGACAUUGACCUCGGUCUAGCGCAGUCUGUCAGCGAGAUGGUGGGUGGACCCAAGAUUGAGAAUUCCAACAGGCCCAACCACGGUCGCAAGGCUCCUGGUCUCAGUCAGAUGGACUUCCUGCCCCAGAAGCCUACCAUUGCCUCUCGCCGUAUCGCCAUCCUAAUCGCCGACGGCUACGAUCCAGUUGCCUUUAGCGCCUUUGUAGGCGGCAUCAAGGGUGCAGGUGCGCUGCCCUUUGUUAUUGGUGCGCGCCGUUCUCCCGUCUACGCCGCUGGCGAGGAUGCCUCCAACAGCAAGGGUGUGACACCUGACCACCACUUUGAGGGCCAACGCUCGACCAUGUUCGACGCCAUUCUCAUCCCCGGCGGUGAGAAGUCCAUCAAGACCCUCUCUUCCAUGGGUCGUGCCCUGCACUAUGUUCGUGAGGCCUUUGGCCACUUGAAGACCAUUGGUGCUACGGGCGAAGCCAUCGACCUCGUCAACAAGGCCAUCCAGCUGGAUGAUAUCCAGCUGUCGAGCAGCCACACCCUCGAGAGCUAUGGCGUUGUCACGCUGCGUGACGUCAAGCCUGAGGGUCUGGGUGAUGUCCUCAACUCUGCGAAGGAUGCCAAGGGCUUUCUGGAGAAGUUUGUCUACAAUGUCAGUCAGCAUAGGUGUUGGCAGCGCGAGCUGGACGGUUUGUCGACUCAGGUUGCGUAUUAA